AUGGACUCGGACGCGACGUCACUUGGACCGUCGCUGCUGCCAGCUACGGAAAGGUUACGCUUCGUACCCACCGGCUUAUCGUCACCGUCGUCCUCUCGAUCGAACGCGCAGUGUCCAUCGUCGGAUCGGUCAAUAGGCAACACGGGCGACUCGGCGUUCUCCAUCGCGCCGUCUCCGCUCCAGUCUCCACAACCCCAUGUCGACGCUCGGUCGGUACCUUCGGACAACAUUCCAAGCCCUCCACCAGCAGCUUCCGUACUUCAAGCUGUGAUCCGACAGUUUCGUCCGUUACAAAAAAAGACCACCGGUAGUCAAGUCAAGGGUACAAAAAAGGACGAACCUGAUCCCGUUCGUCAUCCUACUGAUUCCGAUGGGCUCAAGUAUUUCGCGUCACAGAAAACGCACAAGAAUGACAGCAGACGGGACAAUGCAAACUCAAGCAUCCGGUUCCAACGCACGAGAACUAAUAACAGCAAGACAUCCAGUACGGGCAGCACUUUUAGUGUGCGGGAAACCAUGGUGUCUCGCAUGUCGUCGAACGUGGGUGGAUUACGCGAGAGUUUCUUUGAAGCUAUUGGUCGAGCACCGAUGGAACGAGACCCACUGCAGCUGUCGCCGAAUCACGAGUUUGAUCUCAAUGUCAUCCAGGAAAGUGGCGGGAUGGACGAGACCAUUGGACAGAUCUUGAAGCCUCAAGUGGACUUUAGCAAGUGGUCCACGGAAGCGUACGUGGUGCUCGGGUUUGGCCUCGUGCUACUGCUGCUUUUGCUCGUACUGGCCCUGACGAUCAACACGCUACACGGCUACGUCAUUGACCCGGGCCUCGUGUUUGGCUCGUUGCUCACGCUUCUUCUCUGUGUCUGUGUCUUUGUGACGUACCAUGGCGUGCAGAGCUUCCAGCGGCAUCCAAACCCUCUUAUUUAUUACAAGUGUGUGAUUGACAUGUGCUUGGCACUUCGCUUCUUGCUGGACCCGUUGCUACUGGAGAUGGGACUGUACAGAGUGCACGACGAACGAUCCUGUGCUUUUCUAUCCGGCGUGACUCAAUUCUUGUAUCUGUCCAGCAACUGCUGGUAUUUUGCACAGAUUGUUGACAUGUACUGGUCGCUCACGAAUCCAUUUAUGAGCGUCAAGGUCAAUCGCAAACGAUUUAAGAUUGCGAUAUACUCGUCUGGAGCGUGUACGGGCAUUUUCUUAGCACUGGUACCGAGCCUCCAUGGCUUCGCGGAUGGAAACUAUUGCUGGACGAAACGGAAGACCUCCAGUGAUCCUGUUGAACGAGACUUUUUCCACCUGAACUUGGGCAGCUGGAUACUGUUUUACGUUUGGAUGCUUAUAUUCUACAUCUCGGGCAUCACGAUAAUGGCGUUCGGAACCAAACGACUUCGUUCGGGAUUGCGUGAUACGCUACAGAGCCGACGCGAGAUGCUGCGAAACAGUGCGCUGUCAAUUAUGAGCUACACUGUCUACUGGACCAUUGUGUUCCUGUGGUAUGCUGUCUCGUUUCAGACGCGAACGACGUACGACAAGAACGGCCACUUUCCACCUAGUCACGUUUUCCGAGCUUUUACCUUCACACUAUCGGCUCGUGGGACUGUCGAUUACUUUGUGUGGUUCAUGGUCAAUAGUCCAAGCCAGAUUCGAGCAAAUUGGCUGAAGUUCACGUCAGAUUCGGUGGACAAGCAAUUCAGCGCGCAGCUCAAUACGACGCUACAAGAAGAACUGAUUUACUUUACGAUUGAAGGUAUGACACGCGCCGUGCAGGUCGCAGAUGAGGAACUUACUCGCCUUCGCGAUCGGUCUCCGACACGAGAAGUCGAGUCGAGUAUGAACGACGAUAACGACAGCAGAAGAUCGACGCAGGAUCUUGGUGAAGCUGCAACAACCGCCACGGGUCUUCCCGGGUCAGGCAGUAGCAGCGAUUUGCUUGAAGGCUCACAAAGAAACCGAUUGGUUACUAGCAUACAAAAAGUAAUCAGCGCUGGACUUCGUCGGACGAGUAGUGCUGUAGCAGAAGUACGAGCUGCAACGAGGAAGAACAGCGAGGAGACCGCCCUCAGCUUUGAUAUUCCUGCAGAUCAGCGGGCCAUGCACCAACCGCCCAUAGCAACCCAUCGUACUCACAUACCUUCGUCUAUUUCGACGGUUGCGUCGGCUGAUUCGAGUUCGCCAAAGGAUGGUUCCGACAAAGCGCCGGCGUCUAUUCGGCUCACGCCGUACAAGCCACUAGCAUUCGCAGAGCUCCGCCAAGCUCAUGGGAUUAAAGCAGCCGACUUUUUGAAGUCUUUUCAGACCAGCACGAAGCCCAAGAUCAGUGAAGGUGCGAGUGGUGCAUUCAUGUUUUUCAGUGGUGACAAGAAGUAUAUCGUGAAGUCAAUGGCCGAAGAGGAGGCACGCUUUUUGUGCAAAAUCGCAGAAAGCUACGCCGAGUAUCUGACUCGAAACCCUUUGUCGCUCAUCACCAAGUUCUACGGCUGCUUCAAGAUCACCAUGUACGACAAGCGGUUUUACUUCAUUGUCAUGGAAAACAUCUUUGACGUCAUGGAGGAAGGCGUGCAAAUUCACCACCGGUUCGAUAUCAAAGGUUCAUGGGUGAACCGGAGUUACAAGCGCCCGCGUCGAGGAGCGAAGGUCAAAUGCCGGCAUUGUUCGAUGAUGUUUCGGUACGGCGCGAAGAAAGGCUUGUUGCAGUGCCCCAAUGUCGUUGGACUUCAUGAGCCGAAUGUUGUAUUGAAAGACAACGAUCUGCGGACUCGGAUGCGCAUCGGUGUGGACGAAGGCGUCAAAUUGUACGAGCAAUUGCGCGAUGACUCCAUCUUCUUGUGCGAUCUCGGCAUUAUGGACUACAGCCUCCUGCUCGGUGUGAUGGAUAUCGAGUUUGUCGUAGACCAACCUUCUCGACCUCUUGCAAGCUCGCUGUUGAGCGACCGCAGUGCUGCCAGUAAAGGCACGACUAAUGCGGAGACGAAUGUAGAGAGGGACUCGUACAUUUCGAGCGGAACGAACGACAGUUUUGUAUCGGUGUUAUCUUCAAGUUGGUCCACUGCGUCUCAAAAUGCAGCUGUACUAUCGUCAAGGGACAAGGACGUUGUCGACGAAACGACGCCAACUGUCUCGGACAAGCUCCCUCUGCGUGUUGCACCAAGCGUGCACUCGAUAUGGCAGCAGCCUGCAGACCGUUUGAACCCGUCGCGACCUUCACCUUCAGCAGGUGGUGGGGAACCUCGACCGAAGCGCUCAAUGCGGAAAAGCCAGCGCGUGUUUGGCCCUGGGUACUACUACGUCGGAGUCAUUGACAUUCUCCAGACGUGGACGCUGCAGAAGCAGCUCGAGCGGUUUUUCAAGGUGACGAUCCAGCAGAAGGAUGGCGAAGGCUUGUCAGCCAUUGACCCGGUGCAGUACCAGCAGCGGUUCGAGUCCAAAUUGCGCGAGAUCAUUGCUGUACCAAAAGAGUAUUAUCACCAGCAGCACCAGCAGCAGCAGCAGCAGAUGCGGCCCAAGCAGUCCAAGCGAAUGACCAUGUUCAAGUCGGUGCAGCGUCUCAGUCCGGUCCUGCAGGCUGCUGCUGCUUUCGAGAGUGCCGCAGCAGCUCAAGAAGCCAGGCGACAGCUGGUUCGUGAUCGAGGAGACUCGACCAAUACGCAGACGUCGGGAUCGAGCUCCAAUGACUUGGAGCAAACGGGCCGGAACCCCGAGCCGAUCUUGCUGCAAUUCAAUCAGCGGCUGCUCUCGAUGUCGUCGUCACGCAGCCAAUUGGACUUGGCAGACGGGGCAGUCUGA